UGCCUGGGCGGUUUGGUUUGCUCGUUUCCAGAAGAUUUUCACUGGCUUGAACGCUUGUGUUAGAUAUAUGAAGCUUCAUCCAUUACAAAGUCUUAUGUAUCUAUGA